AAGACAACACCUGAAACUCUUGCAGCUACUGGUUUGUUUCAAUGGGAGGACUAAGGAGAAAGAUUUCGAUGGAGAGAAUAGAGAAGAAGGAGAAGAGAUCGUUGGCUUUCACCAAACGGCGCGACGGUCUUUACCGCAAAGCUUCGGAGCUUUGUCUCCUCUUCGAUGCCCGCAUCGCCAUUUUAGCCACUCCUCCCACCUCCAAUUCCAACGUCUCCUUCUACUCCUUCGGCCAUUCCUCCGUCUCCGACGUUGUCGACGCUUUCCUCGAGAACCGUAGGCCCUCCGAUUCGAACGAUUGUCUCUCGGAACUCUCCGGUUGCGGGAUGAGGAGUGGAGGUCGAGGUCUAGGGUUUUGGUGGGAGGAAGAGGGCUUCGACAUGUCGGAGAACAUGGAGGAUCUGAAGGAUGCGAUUGAUGAGAUUCAGAAACUGAAGAACGAUGUGGAUCUGAGAUUGAAGGCGAUGAAAGAUCGACAAGAUUCUUGCAACGACGCUUUAAGAGAGAUCGAAGCCUUUCUAGACGAACCAGAGCAAGAAUCGGAUCAAAGUCCUUUUCUUGCAAAAGAAAUUCAAGAUUUCUGGGUCCAAUGUUUCAGCAACAAUGACGCAGAAGACGUUUACAGUAACCUCGGUGUCUCGCCAAGUCAGACGGAGAAAACCUCGGAAGAUAACGACGUUAUUCUGAUAUCAGACUCAGAGGAUGAAUCUGCGAAAGGCGACGUUAUCCUGAUAUCAGACUCGGAGGAUGAAUCUGCGAAAGACGACGUUUUCCGUAACGAAAACUGGAGAAACGAAGCAGGAGCAGCGAUAGAAUCCGGUACGGGAUGCAAGAACAGAGUAGAAGAUCCUCAUUUGGAUGAUCUUCUGAUAGAUUUGAUCUAUUGACGCGGCUUAGAAUCUUCCAGGAUGAAUAGGAUUUCGAGAUAUAAAGUAAUUUUUUCCCUGAUCGAUACUCUUUCUCUUUUGUAAAUGGUACACGAACAUGAGGGAAUGAAUGUAUUUUCGCAAUA